GAGUUUUAACUUGGUAUAGGUAUAUUAAUAUUUAUAUUAUGUAAGUGAUAUUUUUAAUUUAAUGACACAUUUGUUAGCAGUUUCAAUAUUAUUUUGUUUGUAAAAGGUAGGUCAUCGUUAAAAAUAAAUAAAUGACUUAUGUAUUUAUACUUUGAACUUUGAUAUUCCUAAAAGUAUUAAAUUCCCAAAUGAAGUAACUUUGAAGCACUAAACGGGACCUUAUAACUAAGUUUCCGGUGUGUGUUUGUCUUGUCUGUCUGUCACCAAACUGUACCUCAUGAAUCGUGAUAGCUAGACACUUGAAAUUUUCACAUUGGAUGUAUAUCUGUUGUCACUAUAACAAUAAAAAAAAACAGAAUUAAAAAAAUAGAAAAGGGGCUCUCAAACAACAAUGUGAUUUUUUGCGUGAUUUAAUACAUUCUAAUUAUCUAUGUGGGUAACAAUAUCCAAAAUGCUGUAUAUUUGUCCGCAGAUAUGGAAUACAAAAUUAUAACAGCACCUGGACAGAAACAAGUCAUGCUAUUUCGUGGGUACACCUUCUCCUUCAAAGGGAUGCCCAGGAUAUACGCGUACUGUUCCAAAUAUUAUACUCUCGGAUGCAAAGCGCGGUUCCGAUUGGACAAGGAUGGGAAAAUCGUGUAUGCCGACACAAUCCAUAAUCACAAUCCUCCUGUUUACAGAAGAACGCCAGUCGGAAAACUAGUUAAAGUCAUGAGUUAAACUUAUGGCACUCUUAAGACAUAUCUUAAAUAAGAAAUGCUCCUUAGAAUUUUUCUUGGAUAAGUCUGGACAAUUACCAUGUCUGGACAACUUAAGUGUCUUUUGUAAUAUUACAUAUGUUAAUUUUGUUAAGAAGUGAUAUAUGGUACUGUCCCGUUGAUAAUAGAUCUACUAAAGUACUAUGUUAAUAAUAAAUUUGAAUUAACCAAUAUGUAAAAAUCUUAGUUAUAUUUAUGUUAUGGUUAUGGUGAGAUUAUUCUAUGCAUAAAAUGUAAUAUUACAUUUUCUUUAACAGAAAGCAAAAAAAGCAAAAAAAAAAUCACUUGCUAAUAUUUAAUUUGACGUCCGACAAUUGACUUAAUCAGUAAGUAGAGGCAGAUCGGUGUUGUUCUUUAUCCUAUAUUACAUCGAUUUCUUUGACAUCGGAUUGAAUCAAAAUGUACUCUACAUUCAAUAUGAUAGUAUCAAAUUUUACGUAUUAAAAUUGUCAUUAGUUUAGAGCGAAAUUAUCGAUAAAAACCUUAAGAUUUAGAGUAUUAAUUAAAGCUUAAAGUAGUCAUUAAAGCGUAAUGGACGUUCUGCAACUGACAUAUAUUCAUUCCUUCGAUUGCGUCACUAAAAAUGCACUCAAGGUUCAAUACAGGAUUGAACUAAGUGAAGGAAAAUCUAAUACUUUUUGCCAUAUGAAACGUAAAAAAACUUAAUUUAUUAAGAAUAAUCAGUUGAGAUUUUGUACUUUCUCAAUUCAGAAACCGGCCGUUAGAUUUGAUCCAAUGUUAUUGAAAUGUAUGUACAUGGUAGACGUGCUGAAUAGAAUUUCCGUUGACACUAGGUGAAACUAGAUGAACUACUUACUUUUGUAUAGGAAAAAGUUGUAAAUCUGAAUAGAGAAAUUACUAAUAUUACAAUUAUACAUUUUAAAUUAUUAAAUAUUUGAAUCGCUGUGAUUGUUUUAUUUAUGUUAAAAAAAUUAUUGAAUAAUUUUCAUAGACUAGGUACCCUUUCAUGAGAGUUACGGAAAUAUCAAGUUUUUGCUCUGGGUUCUGGGGUUGUGGGUUGAAGACCAAUUUUCUAU